CCCGUGUAAAAGAGGAUCCUGCGGCAUGGAGUUGAAUCUUACCAUUAACACAAACAGCCCUCCUCUGGGUGCACUUCUUGCUGCAGAGCAUGUGAAGAGCAGUGUGCAGGUAUCUGUGGAAGAAGGCAAAGACACCAAGCUUCACAUCUCGGAUUCAAUCCAGUUCAAUGAUGCAAACUCCAUCAGCCGUUACCUGGCCCGGGUUGCUCCUGCCCUUGGCCUGUACGGAACCAACAUGAUGGAGCAGACUGAGGUGGACCACUGGCUGGAGUUCAGCGCUCGGCACCUUUGUGAUCAGCCUGAUCUGUCAGGAGCGCUGAAUGAGUUGGACCGGGCCCUGUCCCUGCGCACAUUCCUAGUCGGACAUGCUAUCACCCUGGCUGAUUUGUCUGUCUGGGCUGCUCUCAAGAGUCAUGUUGAUUGGCCAGCCCAGGACAAAACUUUUCCUCACGUCAGCCGCUGGUUCUUUUUCUUGAACUCACAGGUUCCUUUCUCUGCUGUGGGCAAUAAAUACACCAGUAAGAAAGCUCCAGUGAAUAAAUCCAGUGUACCGUCAAAUGAGAAAAAGCAGGAUGUUGGAAAGUUUGUGGAAUUGCCAGGAGCUGAGAUGGGCAAGGUGGUGGUUCGAUUCCCCCCUGAGGCCAGUGGAUAUCUUCACAUAGGCCAUGCAAAAGCUGCCUUGCUCAACCAGUACUACCAGGUCACAUUUAAAGGCAAGCUCAUCAUGCGCUUUGAUGACACCAACCCUGAGAAGGAGAAGGAAGACUUUGAAAAGGUGAUCCUGGAAGAUGUUGCUAUGCUCCAGAUCCAACCUGACCAGUUUACGUACACCAGCGACCAUUUCCUCACCAUCAUGCGACUGGCCGAGCAGCUGCUGACUGAGGGCAAAGCCUACAUCGACGACACCCCUCCUGAGCAGAUGAAGCAGGAGAGGGAGCAGCGCAUAGAGUCUAAAUGCCGAAACAACACUGUGGAGCAGAACAUGAAGAUGUGGUCCGAGAUGAAAGCCGGGUCAAAGAAAGGUCAGACCUGCUGUAUGAGAGCAAAGAUCGACAUGAAUUCUAACAACGGCUGCAUGAGAGACCCCACCCUGUACCGCUGCAAGACAACCCCCCACCCUCGCACUGGAGACUCUUACAAUGUCUACCCUACAUACGAUUUUGCCUGCCCCAUUGUGGACAGCUUGGAGGGCGUUACCCAUGCUCUUAGGACCACCGAGUACCAUGAUCGUGACGAUCAGUUCUACUGGAUAAUCAAUGCUCUGGGUCUCAGAAAGCCCCACAUCUGGGAGUAUGCCAGACUCAACCUCAACAACACAGUGUUGUCAAAAAGGAAGCUCACCUGGUUCGUUGAUCAGGGAUACGUUGAUGGCUGGGAUGACCCUCGCUUCCCUACUGUCAGAGGUGUCCUGAGGAGAGGAAUGACUGUGGAGGGUCUGAAGCAAUUUAUAGCGGCUCAGGGUGGAUCGAGAUCUGUGGUCAACAUGGAGUGGGACAAGAUCUGGGCUUUCAAUAAGAAGGUUAUUGAUCCAGUAGCUCCCAGGUACACUGCUCUGUCCAGCUCCUACGUGGUUCCAGUUUCCAUCUCAGAGGCAACAGAGGAGAUGAACGAAGUGGCCAAACAUCCUAAGAACGCAGAGGUUGGGAUGAAGGAGGUUUGGUAUGGACCUAGAGUUCUGGUUGAGGGAGCCGACGCCGAGACUUUCAAAGAGGGAGAGAUCGUCACGUUCAUCAACUGGGGAAAUCUGAUCAUCACCAAGAUCAACAAAGGAGCUGACGAUAAGAUUGUGUCCAUGGAGGCUCGCCUGAACCUGGACAACAAAGAUUUCAAGAAGACGACAAAGAUCACAUGGCUGGCUGAGACAGAGAAGGCCCCCCUGCUGCCCACCAUCUGCGUCAAUUACCAGCCACUCAUCUCUAAAGCCGUCAUUACCAAAGAUGACGACUUCAAGGAGUACAUAAAUAAGAACAGUAAGUCAGAGGAGAAGAUGCUCGGGGAUCCCUGUCUGAAGAGCCUGAAGAAAGGGGACAUCAUUCAGCUCCAGAGGCGGGGCUUCUACAUCUGCGACCAGCCCUACGAGCCAAUCAGUCCGAACAGCUGCAAGGAGAGUCCUUGUGUCCUGUUUUAUAUUCCUGAUGGUCACACCAAGGAGAUGCCGACUGCUGGAUCCAAGGACAAAAGCAAGAGUCAGGCCUCCAGCAGCGCCCCUACCACCAGUACCAAAGCUGCUCCAGCUCCGGCUCCGGCUCCAGCUCCGGCCCCAGCUCCGGCCUCUGUCUCAGCAAAUGAUCUGUUGUCGAGCAUUGGAGCACAAGGAGAAGCUGUCCGCAACCUGAAGGCUGCCAAGGCUCCCAAGGAAGAAGUGGAUAAAGCUGUUCAGCAGCUGCUUUCUCUAAAGGCUCAAUUUAAGCAGCAGACGGGUGUAGACUACAAACCGGGAAUGGCUCCCCCCACUUUAUCAGCCACACCAGCCCCUUCAUCUGACACCGCCUUAUGUCCAUACACUUGUGUUACUCAGCAGGGUGAGCUGGUCAGGAAAAUGAAAGCAGAGAAAGCGCCUAAGGACCAGAUUGAUGCUGCGGUGAAACAGCUCCUCGCUCUCAAGGCGGAGUUUAAAACGCUCACUGGUCAGGAUUACAAGCCAGGGAUGGUCGCGCCUGCUCCUUCCUCAGCUCCUUCCACUGUGACCUCCUCCCUUCCCCCCUCUUCAUCUCCUCCUCCUUCUUCUUCUUCUUCUUCUGGCCUGUAUGAGCGUGUUGCACAACAGGGGGAGGUCGUGAGGAAACUGAAGUCUGAAAAAGCCCCCAAGGACCAGGUCGAUGCUGCUGUGAAACAGCUGCUUGCUCUGAAAGCAGAGUACAAACAGGUCACGGGCCAGGAGUACAAACCUGGAGCAGCUCCGGUUCAGAAGACCCCUGCCCCAGUUCAGAAGAGUCCUGCCCCAGUUCAGAACAGUCCUGCCCCUGUUGUAUCUGCUGCCUCUGGUCUUUAUGAGAAGGUAGCUGAACAGGGAGAGGUGGUCAGGAAACUGAAGGCUCAAAAAGCCCCUAAAGAUCAGGUAGAUGCUGCAGUGAAGCAGCUGCUGGCUCUGAAGGCAGAGUACAAACAGCAGACUGGUCAGGACUACAAGCCUGGUGUACCGGCUCCAGCUAGUCCUGCACAGACCCAGUCCAGCACCGACUCUGCUCAGUGCAGCUCCACUCCGCAGGCUCAAGAACUCUUCUCACAGGUGGCCCAGCAGGGGGAGCUGGUGAGGAAGCUGAAGGCUGAGAAAGCUGCCAAGGAGCAGGUGGAUGAAGCUGUGAAAACUCUGCUGGAGCUGAAGAGCAAGUACAAGUCUGUCACUGGAGGGGACUACAAACCAGUGAGUGCUGCUGGAGCCACUGGAGGAGAGGACAAAAACCGCAAGGAGAGGGAGAACAAGUCUGAGAAACAGGGAGGAGGAGGAGGAAAGAAAAGUAAAGGGGACAAAGCUGGUCAUGGCAAGGAGUCAUCAGGAGGAGCAGGAGGCUCAGGAGAGGGUCAAGGCCCAAAGAAACAGACACGGUUGGGUUUGGAGGCUAAGAAAGAGGAGAACCUUGCUGACUGGUACUCUCAGGUCAUCACUAAAGCAGAGAUGAUUGAGUACUACGAUGUGAGCGGCUGUUAUGUGCUCCGGCCCUGGGCUUACUCGAUCUGGGAGGCUAUUAAAGACUUCUUUGACAAAGAAAUUAGGAAACUGGGUGUGGAGAACUGCUACUUCCCCAUGUUUGUCUCUCAGGCCGCCCUAGAGAAGGAGAAGUCCCACAUUGCAGACUUUGCUCCUGAGGUUGCCUGGGUGACUCGCUCAGGAAAGACUGAGCUGGCAGAGCCCAUCGCUGUCAGACCCACCAGUGAGACAGUGAUGUAUCCAGCCUAUGCUAAAUGGGUCCAGUCCCACAGAGACUUGCCAAUCAAACUUAACCAGUGGUGCAACGUUGUGAGAUGGGAGUUCAAACACCCUCAGCCCUUCUUGAGGACUCGGGAGUUUCUGUGGCAGGAGGGGCACACAGCUUUCGCUACAAAGGAGGAGGCAGCUGAGGAGGUGCUGCAGAUUCUGGAUCUGUAUGCCAGGGUGUAUGAGGAGCUCAUGGCCAUCCCUGUGGUAAAGGGCAGGAAGACCGAGAAGGAGAAGUUUGCAGGAGGAGAUUACACAACCACCGUGGAGGCGUUCAUCUCUGCCAGUGGUCGAGCCAUUCAGGGUGCUACAUCCCACCAUCUGGGUCAGAACUUCUCCAGGAUGUUUGAGAUUGUUUUUGAGGAUCCCAAGAAGCCCGGUGAGAAGCAGCUGGCGUUCCAGAACUCUUGGGGCAUCACAACCAGGACCAUCGGUGUCCUCACCAUGGUCCACGGAGACAACAUGGGACUUGUGCUCCCUCCAAGAGUGGCCUGCCUUCAGGUUGUCAUCAUCCCAUGUGGAAUCACUGCUUCCCUGCCAGAACAGGAGAAGGAGGCACUGCUGGCCCAGUGCUCUAAAUACUUAUGCAGGCUGCUGGAUGCUGGCAUCAGGGUGAAGACUGACGUCCGAGACAACUACUCCCCAGGGUGGAAGUUCAACCACUGGGAGUUAAAGGGAGUCCCGAUCCGUCUGGAAGUGGGCCCCAAAGAUAUGCAGCAGAAGCAGUGUGUCGCAGUGAGGAGAGAUUCAGGAGCAAAGGUGACGAUCCCCGAGACUGAAGUGGAGAAGAAGCUGGUCGUCAUGUUGGAGGACAUCCAGAACAGCUUGUUCAAGAAAGCUUCAGAUGACCUGAAGAGUCACAUGGUGGCCGCAGACACGAUGGAAGACUUCCAGAAAGACUUGGACCAAGGCAAAAUUGUUCAGAUCCCAUUCUGUGGUCAAAUCGAGUGCGAGGACUGGAUCAAGAAAAUCACCACCAGGGACCAGGAUCUGGAGCCUGGAGCUCCAUCUAUGGGAGCCAAGAGUCUCUGCAUCCCCUUUUCCCCACUGAAGACCCUGCAGCCUGGUCAGAUGUGUGUCAGCGGCAAGGAGCCUGCACAGUAUUACACUCUGUUUGGACGCAGUUAUUAAAGACCUGCCUUCUGAGACAUCAUUGUCUGAUUCCUAAUCUUAUGUAGGUGUUUAAGAUAAAAAGGUGACUGACUUGUGGGCUCCAGUAGGAACUUUUUAUUUUAUUUUAUUUUUUAUGUUGGCACUAUUGUAUAAUGAUUGAAA